AUGGCAGCCUUUAUUGAGUUACGACGGGAUGCUGAUGAUAUUCUAUCUCAAUUAGAACAUCUUGCUAAAGAAGCAGAACGUGCUAGAGAAGAUGAAAAUAAAGCUUCUCUCAAAAUUCAGUCAGUUUGGAGAGGUCAUCGUGUUCGAAGUUAUAUUCGUCUUCUAAAUCGAUAUGCAACAGUUAUUCAAGCCUUUUGGCGUGUAUUCAAAGCAAAACGAAUUUAUAGACAAAAACUGAAAGAACAUGUAAUACACACGCGACUAAAAUAUUAUGAUGAUAAUGCAACCAAAAUUCAAAAAGUUUGGCGUGGCUAUUAUGUUCGGAAGUACAUUUCUGAUUAUUAUAGUCGAAAGAAAUAUUUUAAUGUAUUAGAACAGAAAAAUGAACAAGUUCGACUUGAAUUACAUGAGUAUCGUGAAUAUUUGGAUCAGAAAGGAUUGGAAUUACGUCGAAUGAAAAAUAUACAAAAAUUAGAAGAAGAAGCAAAACGAACACAUUAUUUGAUGAGUACAAAAACAUGUUCUGGAGUUUAUAAUUCUAAAUUUUUACAUGCACCAAAAGAAAUGGAAAUUAUUUUAAGAAAUAUCAAGUAUGAUAUACCAAAAUUACGACAACGAAAAGAACAACAAACGGAUGUACCUCCUAAACUUCUUCCACCAUUAAAUCCAAAACCACAAGGUCCAUUUCGAACAGCAGAUGAAGUUCGUUAUCAACGUUAUCGUCCAUUGAAACCAUCGUUAAGAUGUGAAUCAGAUUAUUAUUCAGUAGAAAAAAUGCGUGAAGAAUUAAAAUUACAAGAAUGGACAGAACGUGUUCAUGAUGAAACUUUUAAAUCAAGUAUUAAUCGUGAAAAACCUUAUCAACGACUAAUGGCUGGAACGGACGUAUUUAGUGAACAAAAACUAUGUUUUCGUGGUGCAACCGAUCGACAAAGAUGGACUACAGAAAAAGACUUUCGAACUUUAGUACAUGGUAUACCAGAAUUUGACAAAUUUCAAACAACUUAUGUACAGCCACAUUAUUAUUUUUAA